AUGAGUGAUGAUUCUCGAGACACUGGGUUGGAAAGAUCAAAUACAAAUCCAAGUGCUAUUGACAACGUGCUAUUCGACAGGGCAACCAACCAUGUUAUCUCUAAUCCACACAGCGUUCCGGUUCCGGUACGAUCAUACAUCCGGGAUGUGAGAGAUAUCUACUCUACGAUCGACUGUUGA